UAUCACACCCUUCACCGUCUGCACCUCUACCUUCCCUGUUUGACCUUCCCAAGAUGGCCGACACCAUGUACGAGAACCCGGACGACUUGACCACAGCGGAGGCGACUUACGAUGUGUCUCUGGAGCACAGUUCUGGCGUCUACGAUCCUGUCUAUGAAGAGGCAAACGAUAUGGGAGUUCGCUAUGAGAACACAGGACGCCAUAUUGGGAUACCGGACCCCCCAUCGCUACCCCCGCCCCAGCCCCCAGUCACAGACCGGAGACGGGACAGUGCCUCCUCAUCUUCAUCCUCCUCAUCCUCCUCAUCCUCAUCUUCCAAGUCAGAGGCAGGAGAAGAGACGAAGGACCUGGGGAUAGAGGAGUGGACCAAGGAGGAGGAGGAAGAGCUGGAGAAAGAGGCAGCCAACUUGGAUCUGUCCUGGGAGCACAAGGGCCACGACGAGGUGAAUACAGGGGAAAUGUCCCGCAGGUCUUCAUCCUCAUCCUCCUCUUCAUCGGCUUCAGAGAAAGAGCAAGAGACUACACAGGAGCCAGACACCGACCUCCAAAUCACACUCUAUACAAAGGCAGGAAGCGAUGGAGAGAGCAUCGGAAACUGUCCCUUCUCUCAGCGUCUCUUCAUGAUCCUGUGGCUUAAAGGGGUCGUGUUCAACGUCACCACGGUCGACCUGAAAAGAAAACCAGCAGACCUGCACAACCUGGCCCCAGGCACACACCCUCCGUUCCUCACGUUCCAGGGAGAGGUCCUCACUGAUGUCAACAAGAUCGAGGAGUAUCUGGAGACCAUGCUGGCUCCACCAAAGUAUCCAAGACUGGCAGCAAGAAACAGGGAAUCCAACUCAGCGGGGAUUGAUGUCUUUGCAAAAUUCUCAGCGUAUGUCAAAAAUACUCGGCCCGAUAAGCACAAAGCUUUGGAGAAAAGUCUGAACAAGGAGCUGGCUAAACUGGAUGAGUAUCUGAUCAGUCCUCUUCCCGAUGAGGACGAUUGCGGUCGCGAAUCCAAUCGAAAAUUCCUGGACGGAGAUGACCUCACUUUGGCAGACUGCAACCUCCUCCCUAAACUCCAUGUGCUCAAGGUCGUGGCGAAGAAAUACAGAAACUACACCAUCCCGUCCGAGUUCAGAGGGGUGCUGCGUUACCUUAGCAACGCCAACAGCCGAGACGAGUUCACCAACACAUGUCCCGCGGACGCAGAGAUAGAACUGGCCUACAAGGACGUGGCCAAGAGGCUGGGGAAAUAAUGAGGAUUCAAUACAGGGCGUACGACAUUUUAGACCACACGUCUUCACUAAAACAUAGAAAAUUCCGUUAUAUUCAAAUUUAACGAAAAAUCCAGUCCAGUUUGUUGUAGUUCUUUUGGUGAAGUUUAUCGUUUUACUUCCUGGUUGGACACAGGCAGCAGAUGUGACAUAUGUAAAGGUAAUUUCAUAACUGUUACCUAGCAACCAUAAUGUAAACAAGGGCCAAAACGUGUCUAAAUUACACAAUAGUUAUGAUCAGACUAAUACAAAUAAAUAACAACACCUUUAUUCUGUUAAAUGAAGGUUUAAACUGUCAGAAAAAGUAGAGGUACUCGCUGCUACUUCCUGUAUUUUUCAACUUUUUUUUUACAAAUUGCCACUAAAGUGAUGUGUAUGACAGAUAUUUAGCACAGGUACUAUCCCACCAAACCAAGUAAUGGAGUACACAAGAGUCUAAACCACAACAAGAAUGAAUUUAAAGUGCAAAUGGCAGAUUUUCAUGUUUUUCUAAUGACUUGGUUUGGUGGGAUAGUACUAAACAUUUAUCAUCAGUUGUGAAAAAAGUUGAGAAGAAAAGUACAAAAAUACAACAACAGUAACAGAAUUAAACCUUCAUUUAACAAAAUAAAAGUGUUGUCAUUCAUUUGUAUUACUCUAAUUAAACUACUGUGGGAUAUAGACAGGUUUUGGCCCUUGUUUUCAUUAUGGUUACUAGGUAACAGAAAUAGAAAGAAAGAAAUAGGCAAGAUAUUUAGUAAAAUCUUAAUUAUACUGUAAUUAUGUCAGAUAUGUUUUAAUGAAAUGAAUAGUCUAACCUGUCAUACACACUUUAAAGAUGACCACUGGAACAUUUUAUUUUUUGUCUUAGGGUGCGUUCAUACUUCUUCUUUUCUGGUCCAAAUAUAGACUUGGUUCAGUCCAGCCUUAUAGCCAGAAGGUUUUGGGUUGGCUUUCCGAUUU